UUAAUAGUAUUUAAUAUGGCUGAUAAAAAGAAACUAAUCGAUCUGAAUGAUGAUCUAUCAAGCGACGAUGAUGAUGAUAAUAUUAAGAUUUUGGAUACAGCAACGAGCCCAGAAAGUACAGAAGAGCCUUCUACAAGUUACUGUCAACCAAUUGGGGAAACGGGGAAUUCCCAACAGAAGGAAGACGUCCCAUCCUUAUUAACCAUGGACGCAGAGCAUGAGUCUGAAGCUCCGCCCACAUUUGAGAGCAUUGACUAUGAUGCGGGCCAUAUCAGUGCUAAUGGGAUUGCAAAUAGAAAUGAAAAUUCCGAGCCCAUUUUUCAUGUACGCUCGCGUACGGCAGCAUCGUUAGCUGGAGUUUCGCAACAAGAGCAAACGCAAUAUGAGAGCCUGGACUAUGACGUGUGUGAGAAUAAGCUCUUUCAAGAUGAGCAAUUGAGCCGGUUAAGGGAUCGAUUCUCGCUGCGCACCCAUAUCAUACGGUGGAUCAUAUUUAUACUAAUCGGCAUUAUAACUGCUGUAAUUGCGUGCACCAUUGAUAUUGUCAUCGAGGAGCUCUCGGAAUUGAAGUACAACUUCCUCAAGUCAUCUGUCGACGAUAAUGUAACUGUGAAUAAAAGCGGAGGCGAUCUGGCUCUACCCUAUUUAUGGUGGCUACUGCUCAGUGCCGUGCCAGUGGCCAUUGGGGCCGGAAUGGUCACCUACAUUGAACCCAUUACCGCCGGCAGUGGCAUACCCCAAGUCAAGAGCUAUUUGAAUGGUGUGAAGAUACCCCGAAUCGUACGAGUGAAGACGCUAGCCGUGAAGUCUAUCGGUGUCAUUACUUCUGUGGUGGGCGGUCUGGCUGGCGGCAAGGAGGGACCGAUGAUACAUGCUGGCGCUGUUGUGGCCGCAGGCAUAUCCCAGGGCAAGAGCACCACAUUUGUCAAGGACUUUCACAUCUUUAAGGCCUUUCGCGAUGACCACGAGAAGCGAGACUUUGUGCUGGGCGGCGCUGCGGCGGGCGUCUCGGCUGCUUUCGGUGCGCCCAUCGGCGGCAUGCUCUUCUCGUUGGAGGAGGCGGCCAGCUUCUGGAAUCAGAAUCUCAUUUGGCGCACGCUCAUCGCCUCCAUCAUCAGUUCGUUCACACUAAACAUUGUGCUCUCUGCUUAUCAUGGUGUAAGCGGUUUGACAUUUACGGGUCUCUUCAAUUUGGGCAAGUUCGAUCAUCCGCUGACCUUUGAGUAUUUCGAGCUGCCGCUGUUCAUGCUGCUGGGCGUGAUGGGCGGUCUAAUGGGAGCUGCCUGGAACUUUUUGAAUACACAAAUCAACAAAUUUCGCAGCCGCUUUGUGCCCUGGCGAGCUGGUAAAGUGUGUGAAGCUGUGCUGGUUGCUAUAUUGGGCGUUACCUUGGCCUGCGCCAUGAUUUACUACAUCAAUGACUGUCGCCCUCUGGGCAAUGAUCCCACGAUACAUCCUGUGCAGCUCUUCUGCGAGGAUAACGAAUAUAAUGCCGUGGCGGCGCUCUGGUUCCAAACGCCAGAGGCUACAGUACGUGCGCUUUUCCACGAUCCACCAGGCUCUCAUAAAAUCCUUACACUGGCUGUUUUCACAAUUGUCUAUUACUUAUUAUCGUGCUCCACAUUUGGGCUGAAUGUGUCCUUGGGUGUGUUUAUUCCCACGGCUCUAGUGGGCGCUGCUUGGGGUCGGCUUGUGGCCAUGCUGCUCUUCUAUAUGUUCCCUGAAGCACAAUUUCUGCAUCCCGGCAAAUACGCCCUCAUUGGAGCCGCUGCUAACUUGGGUGGCGUUCUACGCAUGACCAUCAGCCUGUCCGUUAUUCUGAUGGAAACUACAGGCGUGGAGACGUCCUUCUUCUUUCCACUGAUCAUAGCGCUAAUUAGCGCCAAAUGGGUGGGCGACUACUUCAAUGAUGGCAUCUACGACACCGUCAUCGAGGUGAAUCAUGUGCCCAUGCUUCCCUGGGAACCACUGCCCCAAUACAAGGGACUAACUGCCCAAGCGAUCCUUAGCAAGCCGGUAGUCUGCAUCAAAUUGCGCGAUCGUGCACAUUACAUCUAUGAAGUGCUCCAUAAAUGCAAUCACAAUGGAUUUCCUGUUGUAGAUGAUGUUGAGGGCGAUCGUCGCUCUGAGGGACGUGUCUGUGGCAUUAUCUUGAGGUCGCAACUAAUUGUCAUCUUGCUCAAGUCGCUCUACGUGGAGAAUCAACGGUUCUGGCAGCAGGAGACCACAAUACAAACAUUCCGAGAUGUUUAUCCCCGAUAUCCUUCCAUUCAAAGUGUGAAACCCUUGGAUCGAAAAUUUAAUUAUACGGUUGAUCUGUCCAUGUUUAUGAAUCCAUCGCCCGUGCGCGUCAAUACGUAUGAUUCGGUGCCCAGGAUAUUCAAUAUCUUUCGGGCCUUGGGUCUGCGCCAUUUGCUAGUGAUCAACAAUGAGAACCGUAUUGAAGGCAUUAUUACGCGUCGUGAUUUCAUAUAUAAAUGAUCUGGGAUAUAAGUCAUUAUCGUUUUUAAGCGUACAUCACA